AAAACGCUCUCGCUUCAAAGUCAAGCGCUAUCUCGCCAUGGCCGGCGUAUAUACGUUGUUAGCAGUUCGCCGGCUAUUUAGUAGAAAUGUCGUUUUAAGACAUUUGAAUGCUACUAAAUCUGUUCCAUGUUCAAGUGCCAGAUGUAUUUCAACGGUUGAAAGCACCCAGAAAAUUUACAAACCAAAUUUGGCUCUACGCGUUCCUGAUGAUACUGACUUGACUGAUAUAGAAAGAUUUCUGCGCAAACAAAGGAUUAAAGGUGCUUUGUACAGCUGCGACGAAAAUGAGCAGGUUACAGAACGGUUUUGGGGUCGGAUUCUAAAAGCUGGGGAUAUGGACUUAGUCGAGAGAUAUCUAAAUAUGAAAGUCAAAUUAGGACUCCAUGUUGACCCGGAGAAAGUUUUAAAAGAUCUGAAAGAUGCUGGAUUGACGCCGAACUCCGUAGGUUCAGUUUAUCAAGUAAUGUUGCUUAGUGGGUAUACGCCUCCUUUAUAUGUCAAAGUUGUGCUGUCGGAGAUAUGAAUCAAGCAAACUUUUUCUUGCGUAUGCUCCGAGAUGCUGGGUUCAAGCCCAAUCGUUACAUCUUUUCUCAGAUUCUACACGGCUACGUAAAAGCAGGACUACCUGAGGAAGUUUCCUCUACGCAGGAGUUACUAUCUCAAAUAGGUUUGUGGCCAUCGAAAUUUGCAUAUGAAGGCCUUUUGUCCGCUUACGCUGAUAUUGGUGACAAAGACAGUUUAUUACGAACUCUAGAUGAGGCUUGCGCUGUACUCCCUUCAAUAGAUGACAAAACAGCAGCAUCCCAUGAAAUCUCACCUGUUUUUCUCUUGGAUCUGUACACAAGAUUGGUGUGUUCGUCGGCAUAUACUGAUGCAACGUGCAGUGAGAUUUCAACGAAAUUACUUACAGUAGAAGAUCACUUUCCGUUGGAGUUUGCUGUUGACACUGUCAAAGUACUCUUAGCGAAGGGACGCCCAGCCGCUGCUCUGGAAAUUUUUAAAAUAACACAGAAGUAUCAAAAACAAAGUGAUCAUUUAUCUUCAUUUCCGGUUUAUGCUGCUGCUGGUGGUUUGGAUUACAAAGCACUAGAACCUUUCUGGUAUGCAGCUAAUGUGGAUGGUAAAGAGCUGUUUAUGCUUAGAAAUAAAUGUAAAUUGUAUUUCCAUCGGACUGGUAAAAUGACCAGUAAAUUGGGCGAUCAAUUUCAAGCUUGUCUCGAAGAGAACAACGCACAAGGUGCUCUUGAUUUAUUGAAGAAUCUAAAUAAAGCAAACAUUUCAUUAGCGUAUUCAUUGUUUCUACCAAAAUUAAACCGCUUGGGCUUUUCUUUACAGGACUUAAUCAAACAAACUCAAGAUCAUGAGGUUAAUAAGGCUUUAGUGUUUGGUUAUGUGUUUAAUAACUUAGCAUCAAUACAAUCAACAGACGAUUUUAAAUCACGUUUGACUAGCUGUUUGGAAUUGGUGAAUGAGUAUCGUGCUAAAGAAUUACUACCGUACAAUGAUGUUGUUCGUUUGGGCAACUCCAUUGUUAUUAAACUGGUGACAAAUAUAAUAUCCGUUUCAGAUAUGGCAGAAAUUGCAAAAUUAAAUAAAUCAACCGUAAUGCAUGACGUUUUUCGCAUUUUCAGUCAUACACUAACAAAACGUGCAUUACGUAUGCUGUAUGUGCAAGUUUUCGAAGCUUUGAUGCUAUCCAACCUUCGUUCAUUACAUGGCAUCCCAAGAAAUACUGUCAUUCAACUUGUAGCUGAUGUAUGCGCUCAUCAAAAUAUCACGUUUGGCUAUGGUGAUUGGAUAUUAUCAGGUUUGAGAGAUGCCGAAGUACCAAGGCAUAUUAUGGCAAAAAUUUUUUCUGAUCAAUCUGUGGAAUUAUCUUCGUUUUCAGAUCUUAGCGUUGUGCUUUUUGGUGGGCGAACAAGCAAUGUAGUCAGAAGGAACAUAAAUGAAAAUUCAUUAACGAAUCAAAUGAAGUCUCAUGUUGAAGAAUCAAUACCAAUUACCGCCGAAACACUUGUUAAUGCACUAAAAGAUGAUCCUAAAAAAUUGGAAACAGAAUUAAAAUCAAUUGAGAAUUCAUGGAGUUUACAAAAGAAAUUGAUUUUAUUAAGUUAUCUCGUAAAUCAUGGAUCAAAAGAACUAGUUAAACGUGUAUUACAAUAUUUACCAGAAGAAUUAAGUAAACAACGUGAACCAAUGAAAUCACUUGCACAAAUUAUAAAAUCAUCCUUGGUAAAUGCUAAAGAAGAAGAAGAAGGAGAAUCAGAAAGUGUAAAACAAUCGAUUCAAAAUUUACAUAAUCUUUCAUCUAAAGAUUUAUACUCUGCAAUGAGGGGACCACAUUUGGAUACACUUUUUAGAUGUUGGCCAACUGAAUAUAUUUCAGAUUUGAUUGUUAUAACAAAAAAACUUUCCAAACUUGGUCUUAAUUCUGUCAAUUUACAGUUGGCUGGAGUUUUGAUUAAUCGUGGACUGAGUGAUUCAGUGUCUACUUUGUUAGAGAAUAAUAAAACAGUUCCGUUUACAUUCUUGGUUGGCAGUCCACGAAAUUCAUUGACAAAAUCUGAAUUUUUGUCUUCAGUCGAGUAUAUAAAAUCUGUUGAUUCUCAACAUAUUCCCGGUUUUAUAGAUCAUUGUCUCCGAAAUGCAGCUUUGUCAACAAACAAUGACAAGUUAUACCAGUUAAUUCGUACAGUAGUAUCACCACCGUUCAAUAUGGAUCUUCUUCAAGUUUGUAUACAACCCACUCUACAAGUUUUAUGUCAUCGUUUGGAAGUGAGCAAAAAUUUACCAGAAGAUAUACGUCAAGCUACUCAAUCAGUUGUUGAAAAAUUUAGUGCAUUAAAAACAAAAGCUUCCAAUUGAAUCAGAAAGCUUUUGCCUUCCUCAUUUCUUUCUUUAAACUGCAAAAGUAUAGGUUUCUUUAUAAAGGAUUUUAAUUGUCUUUAGUCAUCAUCGUGUAUAAUAAAUUAUUCAAAUCA